AUGAAGGAUUUGGCAGCGUUGGGCAAAUGUGGGGGGCUGCUGGACAACAACAGGAAUAAAAACAGUGUCCAUUCCAGCAAACAGCAGCGCAAUGUCAGGAUCAAGUUUGAAUAUGAAGGAGAGAAAAGGAUUAUCCAGUUUCCAAGACCAGUCAGAUUCAAAGAAGUGGUGCAGAAGGUCACGGAUGCUUUUGGACAGACAAUGGACUUAGUCUGUGUGAACAAUGAGCUCCUGAUGCCGCUGAAAUCCCAGGAAGAUUUGGACAAAGCGGUGGAGCAGCUGGAGCUGAGCCCUUCCCUGAAGAGCCUGCGAAUCCUUGUGAGCGCUCCAAAGAAAGCGAACCUCCUCCAGCCAAACAACAGCAAACAGCAUGAAAUGAGGAUCUCCAGAUCCAUGGGUGAUAUAAUGGGAUCCCUGUACAAGGACUCUGAGAGGACGCGGAAAUAUUCAACAGGCUCUCUGCACACUGGCCGGAGUUCUCCGCCCCCAGGGAGCGUUCCUGAGGAGCAGCAGCAGAUCGCACGCCAGGGAUCCUACACCAGCAUCAACAGUGAGGGUGAAUUCAUCCCUGAGACCAUGGAUCAGAACAUGCUUGAAGCUUUCAUCAGCCCUGAUGAGUCGCUGUCUGGGAGCUGCCAGUCACUGGACAGGUCUGUGGACAGCCCUCCCUUUACCCAAACCCCUGUUCCUGGAAGGAAAAGCCAUCCCAAACACAGUCUUGAUUGCAUGGAUUUUGACAUCCCAUUCUGCGAGAGGUUUGGGAAAGGUGGGACCUUCCCAAGGCAGUACCACCUGUCCCAGAGUCGCAAGGACUACAGUGAUGGCCGGAGGACUUUCCCCAGAAGUUACUUCCCACAGGAGAACUUGUUUCAGCUUGUUCCUUCCAGCAGAACCAAGAGCUUCACGGGGGACAGCAAGCUCAGCACCUUGCAGUACGACGAGUACAGGCCCAAGUGGUGGAACAAUUGUGAAAAAGGUCUGCAGGUCUUCAGCACCUCCCCCACAAAAACUAGGAACUCCCUGCAGGCACCUGUGAACUGGAGGCUGGGGAAGCUGCUUGGAAGAGGAGCUUUUGGGGAGGUUUAUCUCUGCUACGAUGCCGACACUGGCCGGGAGCUGUCGGUGAAGCAGGUGCCUUUUGACCCUGACAGUCAAGAGACAAGUAAGGAGGUGAAUGCCUUAGAAUGUGAGAUUCAGCUGUUGAAAACUCUCCGUCACGACAGGAUAGUGCAGUACUAUGGGUGUCUGCGGGAUCCUGAGGAGAAGAAACUGUCUAUCUUUGUGGAAUACAUGCCAGGGGGCUCAAUAAAGGACCAGCUAAAAGCUUACGGUGCUCUGACCGAGAACGUCACACGGAAGUACACCAGGCAGAUCCUGCAGGGAGUCUUCUACUUACAUAGCAAUAUGAUUGUCCACAGAGACAUUAAAGGUGCAAAUAUUUUGAGAGAUUCUGCCGGAAAUGUGAAACUUGGAGACUUUGGGGCCAGCAAACGCAUUCAGACCAUCUGCAUGUCUGGGACUGGGAUUAAGUCUGUCACGGGAACACCGUACUGGAUGAGCCCAGAGGUUAUCAGUGGAGAAGGCUACGGAAGGAAAGCUGACGUGUGGAGCGUGGCCUGCACCGUGGUGGAGAUGCUCACAGAGAAGCCUCCGUGGGCCGAGUUCGAAGCCAUGGCGGCCAUUUUUAAGAUCGCCACCCAGCCCACCAACCCCCAGCUCCCCGACAGCGUCUCCAGCUCCUGCCGCAACUUCCUCAAGCAGAUCUUCGUGGAGGAGAAGCGGCGGCCGACGGCCGAGGACCUGCUGAGACACCCCUUCGUCAGCGGCGGGCUCUGA